AUGAAGAUUCUGGAAGCAACACAAAGAAGAACGAGUCUAAAGAAGUGCAGCAGGGAUCUCCGCGAAUAUAAUAUUCCGCUAGCAGCCUUGCUGAGCGAAGACGGGGCUCGCACGUAUUUUCGUCGUGGGAUGGAAACCAUUACGGAGAGGUUUUACUCGAACCUUUUCCAUUCAUCAACUCCUGUGUCAAACCCGAUCAUCCCCACCGGUGAUGCUCCACCACGGAUUCUCCCUUCGGAAGUACGAGUCGCUAUCAAGAGCAUGAGGCCUGGCACAGCCCCCGGACCUGAUUUUAUAUCAGCAGACUUUCUUCGGGCUGGUGGCCAUCCACUUCACGUAAUCUUAGCAGCGGACAUGAUAUCCUACCUUUAG